GAAAGAAGCAACAAUUAUCAGAUGCUAAUUCCUGUUCUCCCCCGCGCUUCUACACGAACGGAAACCCGUCGACUCGAAAACACACGUUAUGGAUUCGGAGGAGAAUGAGGUGGAGAGCAGCAGUGAUGCCGGUCCCUCUGGGAUGGAGGAACCGUCCGAAAGCGGCAUGGGUGUGGAGUCAUCGGAGGCCAUGUCUGCAGACAGCAGCGAUGCAGCUGCCUCACAUGCACAGGCCCCAGAGUCUGACUGCCAUGUGGGACAGAGCUCAGAGGGACUCGCGGUGUUCGUCUCAGAAACCAGCUCCAGUACUGACGUCAGAGUUUCAUCAGUCCACCUCCCAGACUCCUCGUCAGUCGCCCAGUCCACCAGCGUGUCCAGCGUCUCCACAGUGACGCAGUCAGUGAUGGUGUCUGAGUCAGUCCAAGUGCUGGUCCACUCGAGUGCUGCGUCUGAAAGAGCCAUGAUGGUUUCUGACUCCACUGCUUCUACCUCAUCAGACCUCGGGUCGGCUAUUGACAAGAUCAUAGAGUCCACCAUCGGCCCUGACAUCAUGAAUGGUUGCAUAGCUGUGACCAGUGCAGAAGAAGGAGGUGCAGAAACAACCCAGUAUCUAAUAUUACAAGGACCAGAUGAUGGGGCUCCUAUGGUAGCCCAGAUGUCAUCUUCGGCCCUCUCUGAUCAUAUAGAAGGUCUGGCAGAAGGGCCAACGUCCACCUGUCUGGACCAGGGAGACGUGCAUGGCAACCUUGAUCCUGAUCAGCCUGGUCCUUCUGGUUACCCAGAGGACAGCAGCAGUCAGCCUGACCAGCCCCAGCACUCCCACCCCUCCCAGUAUAUGGACUGCAGUGCAGAUGGUCCAGACCAGACAGGAGAGUCUUCAUCGUCCUACGUGGAGUGUUCAGGCGAGGAACCCGACCAGACUCGCUCCCAGUCGGGUUUCCCUGACUACAGUGGAGAUAACAGUGACCAGGACCUGCCUGGAUAUGUGGAAUGCAGCGGGGCUGACUCAAACCUUACCAGCCGAGGUCACUAUGUGGUGGAGUGCAGCACUGGGUAUCUGGAGUGUGGGAUGGACGAAGGAGAGCAACCGCAUCAUUCACGCAGUUACAUUGACAGUAGUGAGGACCACCGGACCCAGUCAAGUCGGCAGUAUGAGGCGGAGUAUGGAGGAGACUGUGUUGCAGCUGCAGACUCUGAGCAGCCAGGUUGUUCUCAGUAUCAAGCGAGAGACGAUGAUGACGAGCGGAACCAGGAUCCGGACCAGCCGCAGCACUCCUGUUAUAUGGAAAGCAGCAAUGGUCCAGAGGCCUCUCUCUAUGCCGACGACAGCUCCUCAUCAGACCACCCUCUGGCGGACACGGUGGGUUCAGGUGGGCUUCCUGAGGCAUUGGAGUGCAGCGAGAGCCAGCCUGGGCACUACAUCAGCAGCAGUGGGACAUACACCUCCAAUCCAGAGCCUGAGCAGCCCCAACAAUACUCACCCAGCCAAGAGCAGCCCCAAGGCUCCCAGGGGCCUCAGGAUGAAGCUGGGCUGGUCAGAGAGAUGGAGACAUCAACAGUGGCAGAAGGCUCUGGACACAGAACACCAAACAUGGCUGAGUUGGAGGAGAUGAUGGAAGUAGUGAUUGUACAGCAGUUCAAGUGUAAAAUGUGUCCGUACAAGAGUGCCUCCAAAGACAUACUAAUCAACCACAUGAGAGACAAACACUUCAGACUUGCAGGGGACAUGUCAAAGAAGCGUAAACGUGGCCGACCUCCUAAAAAUGAGACAUUUGCCCGUCGUCAGGCAGAGAAGGAAGAAGCUGAAGAGAGGAAUGCAGCAAAGGCGAAGGCAGCUCAGCCCCAAAAAGCAGAGGAAGAGGAGGAUGAUAUUGUGGAUUCUGGUGCUAUUGAUGAUCCUGAAGAGGACAGUGACUACAACCCUGCAAACGAGGACUGCAAAGGAAGACCACCUGCCAUCAUGAAGAAGCCCGCUCCCAUCUCUUCCUCCUCUCAAGGGCGUCCUCGACGCAAGGUUGGCCGUCCAAGGAAGUACAGGCUUCUAGACGAAGGCUACAAUGGCAAAGAAGCAGAGAGUAUUGCAAAGAAGCCCAGUGAGGGUGCGGAUGCCAGUGGAUCUGAAGAGGCGAGUUCUUCUGGGCUGAACACUGGCCCUGCUAUAGGGACAGAUGGAGACACAGCUGAGGCAGCAAUAAGCCAAUCAGACUCUGAGAACAAAGACCCGUCUUCCAACACACAGCCAGAGUUCUUUGAGAGGAAACGCGGCCGACCCUCAAAGCGUUUUCUUCGCAAGAAGUAUAAGAAAUAUAUCAAUAGAAAUCGGUACUAUAAGUCCCUGAAACCGCUCCUGAGACCUCACAACUGCUGGAUCUGUGGCUCUCGCUUCCUCACCCAAGAAGAUUUGCACUUCCAUGUUGACUCCCAUGAAGGCAAUGACCCAGAGCUCUUCAAGUGCCUGCAGUGCAACUAUCGCUGCAAGCGCUGGUCUUCACUCAAGGAGCACAUGUUCAACCAUGAGGGCAUUAAGCCGUUCAAGUGUGAGGAGUGCGAUUACACAAGCGUCUACAAGAAAGAUGUAGUUCGCCACGCAGCAAUCCACAACAAAGACAAUGUUAUUUUUUAUCUCUACAGGAAAAGAAAGACGGAGUUGGUACCAAAGGUGUCAGAGUUCCUCUGCCCAGUGUGUCACAGGAUUUACCCCAUGCAAAAGAGACUGACUCAGCACAUGAAGACCCACAGCUCAGAGAAACCACACAUGUGUGAUAAGUGUGGCAAAUCCUUCAAGAAGCGCUACACGUUCAAAAUGCACCUGCUGACUCACAUCCAGAGUCUUGGAGACAGCAAGUUUAAGUGUGAAUUUUGCAAUUACACUUGUGACAACAAGAAGCUGCUGCUCAACCAUCAGCUGUCCCACACCAACGACCGGCCCUUCAAGUGUGACUACUGUAAAUACUCCACUUGUAAAGAGGAGUUCCUGGUCUCCCAUCUGGCCAUCAAACACACAGGGGAGAAGCCCUUCUCCUGUGAUCUGUGCCACUUCACGACCAAGCACAGGAAGAACCUGCGUCUGCAUGUGCAGUGUCGCCACCCUGAGACGUUUGACGAGUGGUCGGUGACGCACCCUGAGGAGCCUGUGAGGAGGCGCCGCAGGCCCUUCUUUACGCUGCAGCAGAUAGAGGAGUUCAAACAACAACAACAUGAGGACACACAGGAUUUGCAGAACACUAUUGUUGCAGUGGAUUCUGCAACACUACAAGCCAUGCAGGGCAUGGAAAAUGCCUCAGUGUCCCAGGAUGCAUUGGGAAACACCACCAUCAUCUAUGAGCAUGUUGAAUCCAGUGACCAAUCUGCCCAGAACGCCCUUGACCUGCUGCUGAAUAUGAGCAAUGCCCGGGAAUUGGUUGGAAACGCCUUGCAGGUGGCGGUGCUAAAUUCCAACGGCAAAGCUUUAGAAAAGGGCACGUGGAGCACGGUGACCACAGCAUCAGGCCAGGCGCCGAAGGUUGUGACCUUCCACGUGUCUGAGAACGGGGAGACGGUGCUCCAAGAAGCUUUCGAGGCAGCCACCAACGAAGCAGGAGAGCUGACUCAGAUUUCCAUCGAAUCCUACGAGGGCGAAGGGGAAUUCAGUGUGGUGGAACAGGCGGCGGAAGAGAUCCACAGCCCUGGAUACAGUAGCAACGAUGAGGGCAGUCCUUCUCAGGCUGUAGAAGUCUCCGGGUCGGAAAGCCUGAAAAGUGAGAAGUACUACUUGACGUCGGCACUGCCUGAUGGUGUUCUGCAACAGGUGGAGCUGAGCAGCGAAGACCCCGCCUCUCCCUCUGCUGAGAGCUCUCCCGGUCUGAGCACCAAGAGGUUUUCCUGCCGCAUAUGCAUGGAGUCUUUCCACGGACGCUCUGACAUGGAGAACCACAAGAGGGCCCACUUGGAUCCCAACACCUUCAAGUGUCCUGAUUGUGAUUUCACCUCCACUUCCUGGCAGGAGGUCAAGGCUCACAUGGAGCUGCAUUCUUACUUGCGCCCUCACAAGUGUCCAAGCUGUAGCUUUGCCUCCAAGAACAAGAAAGACCUGCGGCGACACAUGAUGACACACACCAAUGAGAAACCGUUCACUUGCAAACUUUGUGGACAAAGGUUUAACCGUAAUGGCCAUCUAAAGUUUCAUAUGGAGCGUCUUCACAAUCUGGAUCAUCCUGCUCGCAAAAGCCGCCCCCCCACAUCUCAGCAAACCAUCAUCGUGAAUAGUGAUGAGGAGGCACUGGCCACACUACAUUCGCUACAGGUCUUGGGACAGGAGCACAUCAUCGUAGCUCAAGAACAGGCUCUAUCAGACCAGGAGGAGGAAACAUACAUCCAGCAGAUAACAACCAUAGAUGGACAAACAGUUCAGCACCUGAUGACAGGAGAGAACCAGGUGACUGAGGUUCAGUAUAUCAUCUCUCAGGACGGUGUGCAGCACUUGAUCCCUCAGGAGUAUGUGGUAGUGGCUGAUGGCAACCACAUACAGAUGCCCGAUGGACAGAUCAUCCAGUACGAGCAUGACGGGACAUUUCUGCAGGAGCAACAGAUUGCUGUGAGCCAUGACGGUCAGAUCCAGUAUCUUCCUGUGAGCUCGGAGCAGUUGGUGAAUCCUGAAGAUCUGGAGGCCGCUUCCCACUCUGCCAUCACAGCGGACGCAUCCAUGGCUCUGACCCAGACCGUCUACACUGAAGCUACACAGGAACAGCUGGAGCAGCUGCAGCAGCAAGGCAUCCACUAUGACGUCAUCACCUUCACGGAGGAAUAGACUGCUUCUUAACAAUGCUUGGAUACAAAUGACUAUAAACCACUUUGAACUGACAAGUACAGUGACCUCAACUUAUUUAUGCAUUUAGCUGGCUGUGAACUAAAACAUCAUCUCCAAACGGUCACCUGCUCGGCCGCAGUUGCACUGUUCAAUAAGAUCGCCAACUUUUUGUAAAUUCAAAUGAUUGCACCCAUUGCUUCUAACUUAAUCAUAGGGGCUGUGCAUUUCAGAGUUCAUUUAGCAAGGUUGUUCUGUAAUUAGUAUUGUUGACAUGCCUCAACUGCCUCCAUUUGCAAGACAAUGUUAUCAAAGAGAAUGAAACAGCUUAUAUCAUAAUUUAGAAAAUAUAGUGAGUAUCCAAAGGAACAUUUUAGUUUUUGAAUGGGGGGGAGAGAGUGAUGUUUGCUCUGUAAUAAUAUUCUUAAUUGUUAGACUGCCACAAUAUUGUGUUUACUAAAUAUUAAUAUGUACAUACCUUUUGCAUUUGUCUUCUGUUCUGCAAUGGAGGAUAUGUUUUGAUUUGGUGAAUAUGAAGUGUUUAAUAAGCUGGACGCUGACACCAAAUAAAUCACUUUGUGUAUA